UCUGACAAAACUUAUCUCACCUAAUCCUAGCAGCAUGAUGCUAAGACACUUGUGCCAUAUUUGUUAACGCUGGGUUCUUCUUAUAUACAGGCAACAAAAAGAGGCACUUUUCAGGCACGAUUGACCUGAGAUGCUCUUGCUUUUUUUAAAAACAAAUGUUUCCCACUGUAAAAAGACCUCAGAAGUGAAUUAAAACAAAGGAGUGACAAACAUGCGGUUUAAAUUUUCCUACAUGCUGUAUAGAAUUUGGCCUGAAAUACAACAUUUUGACAAGUGCCUUAAAACUCUGCCCUCUAUCCCUCUGGCAUCUAGCUCUGGCUACAGAGAUGAAUCCAGAAACACCAUCGGGUUAUCAUGAGGGAAACCCACGAGUUACCACCUCUCUCAUCUCUGCCCACAGGUGUGUGCAAAGUCACCCAACAUGAGUGCUUCAACUACACCAUUCUUCCUCCCAGACGCAGACAACCAGGCUCAAGGAGCGAAUCACAGCAGUGCUGCAGGAAAGCCAGAGCCAUCCUAUGCCGUUCUCAAGUUCAUGGAGAGCUUCUGCCUCAUCAGUGCCACCUGUGGGAUGGUGGGAAAUGGCAUUGUUCUAUGGUACCUUGGCUUCUGCAUCCGCAGAAACCACUUCACUGUCUACAUCCUAAACCUGGCUGCUGCUGACUUUGGCUAUCUCCUCUGCAUCGCCAUUGAAACUGUCCAGUAUCUGAUGCAGUUCAACGUAGGGGUACAGUUUGGGAUAUUCCUCUUCCUGGAUCUUUUCAUGUAUGGGACUGGCUUGUAUCUCCUGACAGCCAUCAGCAUUGAAAGGUGCCUCUCCGUCCUCUGCCCAAUCUGGUGCCGAAGCCACCGCCCAAAGCACCUGUCUGCCAUCAUCUCUGGCUUGCUCUGGGGCCUUUCUCUGCUGCUGAACAUGGUCGGCUAUAUUCUGUGCUCCAUCCAGCCCACUGGCAGCUGCCGGAUGCUGCUCAUUGCCAUUGGCGUCUUGGAUUUCCUGGUCUGCACACCCCUCAUGCUGUUCUUCAGCCUGACCCUCUUCCUCAAAGUCAAGUGCAGCUCCCAGAACUUACGAACAGGGCGGCUCUUCACUGUCAUCAUGCUCACCGUGCUCUUCUUCCUCAUUUUUGCUGUGCCCCUCAGCGUCCUCAUCCUCUUUGACUUCUUGGGCUACAAAUUCCUCUAUUCGCCCAAGAUUGGCUUUGUGCUGUCCUGUGUGAACAGCAGUCUCAACCCUGUCAUUUACUUCCUUGUGGGGAGCUACAGGGACCGGAGAAUCAAGUUCACCCUCAGGCUGGCAUUCCAAAGGGCCUUUGAAGAUUCAGCAGAUGACAAAGAGGAACGGGAUACCCGCGACACAAUAACCAUGUCCUCCUAAUACCCUUCUGUGCCCACUCAGUAGUAGUGCUCCGGAGAUGAGAGGUGAUUGUUCACAGAGCUGAAGAACUCUGAGGUACUGCUGGAGGUCCAUCCCACCCAACCUUAACAGUCUCCAUUCUGAACGCCUGCCCUCUCACUAGCUGUUUGAAGCUCUGCCCACAGUAGGACUGCAUUUCUUUUCAGCAGCCAUUAAAUGAUAAGGCGAAAUGUCUUGGUGGCUGCAUUUCAUCACAGGAAUCCUGCUCAGUUUACCACUCGAUAUUAAGUUCUGUUUUUCAGAGCAUCAAUAUUUAGUCACUCUUUUUUUACACAGAUCUCUGAAGAUGAGGGCGGAUCUAUGAUCUUCCUGUUGAAAUCAGAUAAGAAAUUCCCAGAAGAGAGUCCAACAAUUUUAUCAGCAACAUAUGCAAUCUUUGCGGUUCAUAGGGUGAAUGAUUCUUUGUUUUCUAAUGUGAGCAUUUCAAAUAGUGAAAUGCUUCAUGUUCUGGAAGUCUCUGUUCAUUAGUUAAUAGCUAUUAGUAAAUAGGAGCGUCUCACACUAUAGAUGUAAUGUAGUAGAGAAGAGCUCCAUCCCCUUCCAACUUGCCUUGCAACUUCAUGCACUGCGUUGCAUGCACUGUUUUCUUGCAUUUCAAGUAAAUACAGAGUCAGAGUUGUGUAUCAUUUUAGCUUUCUCCAACACAGCACAAAAGUACCUGCAUUUAACUGCAGCAAGAAUUGGGUUGUUAUUUCUUCCCUUCACGGAUGAUAAGAACAUGGCAUCCAACAUGCCUUGACCUACUGGAAGAAAUAAGGUCAAAGAAAGGAAAAAAAAAAUAAUAAAACAGAAAAUGGAAGAUAAGUACAUAUCAGAAAUUUGCAACAAAUUCUUUUCAGACCCAAUGACUGGACACAUAAGAUGUGAUUGUUUGAAAUGUUAGACUAUCACUCCACACAGUAUUUGCUCUUUUAACCUAAAUCAGUAAGAUAAUACAAGACAUUUUCUAUGAGAAAGCUUGCUGAUUUCCUCUUCAUACCCUCAUCUGCAAGUAGUUUCUUAAGGGAAGCUGCAUUCUUCUACUGUCUAUUCCCUUUUCUCUGUUCAUUUGCCUUUUUUUUAAAUACUGAAAAAUACCACUUAAAAAUAGUGGUCACCCCAGCGUCUGUGGUUGCUUUUUACUUCCUGUUUACAGUUUUUGAAAGCUGAAAAUUGAGUCUCAUUUCUAUUAUUCUUUAAUUUUUAAUGCCAUUUUUUCUCCAUCGUACACAUAGUUGAUUCAGACCAGGCCUAUGUCAUCAGUUGUUUUUAGUGAGAUUUUCUUUUCUUCUGACUUCUACUGAUAGGGGGAAGAGCCCGUCCAUUUAUCUGAAAGCAUGUUAAAAUGUAUUCUUUUUAAUAUCUGUAAUGAUUUUAUCAUUGGGAGAGAAGAAGCUCAGCUCAUUUCCUUUAUUAUUAAAAA